UUUUAUCUUAAAUUAAAUGCUAUUUAAGGUUCGUAAUGUUUCCAAGUUUAUAAGCAGUUCUGAACAGAACAUUUUGUGAAACUGUAUGUGCAACUGUGAUUAAUCAAUACACGUUAAGGUUUAUCAUAAAUCAGAAGCGUGCUUGAUAUCUGAGUAUCAUGUUUCACCCUAUUUUCAGAAAAUGGUUUGUCUGUGUGCUAUCAGCGAAACCUUAAGCCAGCUAAUAUAUACAUGGUCUUUGUGUAACUCGACUGUGGACUUUGUACUUCAGUGUUCAUUUAAAUAAGGUUGUGAGUGUAAACAACUUGUAAAAAUAAUUUUUUGCAAGAUUUAAGUUAAGUAGAGGGUUUAACAUAGUUAGUUACUGACAACUGUGUGUUUCUUCAUAAAUAUACAUUUUAUUUGCAGGGAAGGGAUUAUAGCACAUACGUAGCUUGUCAAUAAAAUUUCAUUUUACAACUUCUACUUAAAAAUGGCAACUUCUGUAGGUUCAGUUCAUAACAGUUCAGAUUUAGUGAAGGACUAUGUUUGUGGAGCCUGUGAAUGUAAAAAUAUUCAAGAGAUUGCUGAUUAUUUUUGUGAAAUUUGUAGGAAGUUUUUCUGUGGAAAAUGCAUUUAUCAACAUGAUCAGUUAUAUGUGAAUCAUUCCAAAUAUGGAAGAGAAGAAACAAAUAAAUGGCCUCUCACAAAGCAAAUAGAGGAUUUGCUUCUUAAAUGUAAUGUCCACAAGGAGAAGAAACUGAAAAUGUUUUGCCAGGACCACAGUCAACUGUGUUGCACUGAUUGUGCUUUUCUGAAUCACAGACAGUGCAUCAAUGUGGCUCUGAUUUCUGAUUCUGUCAAAAACAUUUCAGUGGAUAUGCAACAGUUGUCAAACAAUCUUCAUACUAUUCUUGAUGACAUCAAUAUGUCACAAAAAACAAAAGAGGCCAUGAUUCAGUCUUUGGAGGUAUCAUGGAGUGAAAAACUGCAAGAAAUCCGAGAGCAUAGAAAGAAAUUAAAUACUGCUUUGGAUGAACUAGAAAACGCAACGUUGAAAGAACUGGAUGACAUUAGGACCACAUUGCAAACUGCUCUCAAGAAAGAUGUUGACAACUGCAACAGACUGAAGGAUGAGCUAAAACAACUCAGUGAAGCUGUAAAUGCCCUUUGUGAUAAGAGUAAAAAAGAUAUUGAAUUCAUAGCUAGCAGAAAAUGUCUGGACAAAAUAAACGAGUCUGAGUCAUAUCUGAAAGAGAACCAUAGGAAGUUGCAGAGUUCAAUUAUAUUCACGACUAACACAGACAUUGAAAAGUACCUAUCUCAACAGGCAAGUCUGGGGAAGAUUGUAGACAGUAUGCAGUCUCUCACACUCAACAGGAAUCCAGACCAGACCUUGACUGUGAAGAGCAAAUCUGAGUUUAUUGUUAGAAUGUCAAGUGACAAAAGUCAGACUUGCAGUAUCAGAGGCAUUUGCUGCCUGCCAAGUGGCCAGGUCAUUGUCACAGAUUACGAUAAUAAAAAAGUGAAGCUGUUAAACCAGAAUUACAAUAUUUCCAGUUACUGUGAUGUGCACAGUGGUCCAGAGGGCAUUUGCCAAAUCACACCCAGUGAGGUGGCUGUGACUGUUUAUAAAGAUGUCCAGUUUAUCUCUGUGAGCAAUGGACAGCUGGUGAGUGGGAGGAAGUUCCAGUUACUGCAUGAAGUUAUAGGUAUAGCAAACCAUCAUGGAGCAUUGUAUGUCACCUCUAGAAUUGCCCUGUACCACUACACUCUUAAUGGAUCACUUGUGAAAAAGCUUUAUGAGGAUGCAAGUGGUUCAAAUACAGUUUGGAGAUGUGCAGUGAGCCCUUCUGGGCACAGGAUCUAUGUCACCAAUAAGCCGCAGCACAAGCUCAUCACUCUGGCUACAGAUGGCACCCUGAUAUCUACCUUCACAGACCCUGAACUACAAAACCCAUGGGGUGUCCAUGUAACACCAUCAGGACAAGUGCUAGUAUGUGAAUUAUGCGCAUGUACAGUGAUACAGGUGGAUCUAGAGGGGAAAAAGAAACUGGCAACUCGGGUAUCAAACAAAGAUGGAGUUGUCAACCCAUUGUCUGUCUGCUACAACUCCAACACUCACCAGAUCAUUGUUGGACUAAUUUAUAAUAAUAAUAUCAUUGUUAUGGAAUUGCAAUAGGUCUUCAAUAGGAAAAAAUUGAUAUUAAUACGGUGUUAUAUGUUAUUUUCAUGUUAACUUUGAUUGGCUCAUUUAGCCAUAGACAUUUUUAUCUAGUUUGAGAGAAAAUUAGGGUAUUUAUACAUUCUAUCUUUUGUUAAAUAAUUUUUAUUUUAUUUAAAUGUGUUGUUCUAAUGCUCUUAAGAUAGAAUCAUUUGAAUGCCACUAUCUGCAUGUAUAAUGUUGAUGCUUAUAAGUUCUUUAGUCUGGCUUCAUUUAAUACAUAGUUUGUCAGUAAACAACUGUUUAAAGUGAAAAAUGUUUGUGUCAUUUAUGCUGGCAUAUAGCCAUACUAAACAAAUGGCAGGGGGUAUUAAAAUGGGCAGUGCAUCCUCUUUCCAGAAAAUUUGUAGUAUUGAAAACUUUAUAUAUAUUGUGCUGUUUCCAACGAAGUACAUAUAUUCGAGCAUCUGCUGAGCAUAUAUUCCAUGAGGUAUGAACCUUAUU